UGAAUUGUAUCCAAAAAUGACAUCCUUAAGUCAAGUACAAAUGGCUGAAAUAAGUUUCAUCCUGAAAACAUUUGUACUCUCUCCUUCCCACCUCUGCAGUUACUCCAAUCCGAUCGUUCACAGCAGGAUGCCCGCCGUCCUCCACGAACACUGCGAGCGGUGUUACGCCAUCGGCUGCCAGGCGCCGCCUCGGCUCUCCGUCGGCUGCGUUGUGAUCCGAUGCCCCAACGACUGCGGCGCCUCCCUGCACGCCUGCAAGGGGGACGAGCACCGGCUCCUGUGCCCCAACGAGACGGUUCCUUGCCUCAACGCCGGCUACGGCUGCCCGCUUAGCAUGCCGCGGCAUCGGCGGGCCCGCCACCUGGAAAUUUGCCCCGCCAGCGUGGUCAGCUGCUCUCAGGAGUGGAACCGCUGGCCCGUUCCCGACGACGACGACCCGAGUUUCUACAGGAACGUGUCCCAACAAAGCCAACGGCACCUUGACGUCGCCUUGGCGCUGAGGGAUCAAGAGCUGCUCUUUAAGUCGAUCAAAAUGAAGAGCGUUUUCCCAGAGUUGACCAUGACGGAUCCGGACGAUUUCGACGUUGAGGUCACAAAUUUAGCGGAGGUGAUGGAAGAGAAAGCAAAUGACACCACGAGUGAUACGUUGGACACGGAAAGCCUCGGCAAAUUCAGCUCCUGGGAGAAAAUAUUCACCAAGGAGAUGAACGGCUGCCAGCAAACCAGCAAAAAUGAAGCUAAAAAGGCGUCGGCGAGCGGAAGGAAAAUCGAGCCGCCGCGGGAAAGUUCCUCGCGUGAGAACGGAGCUUCUGGCCUGGCGCCUUGGCAGGACGGCGUCUUGGAGAAGUUGGGCAAGGAGGCCAAUAUCGGCGAGUACAACAUGUACCUGGUGCACAACGGAGCCAUGCUCAUCAACUUCGGACAGCUCGCCGCCUGCACCCCGAGGGAGAGGGACUUUGUUUACGGGAGCCUGGAACCCAUCGAAGUCCAAUCGGUCCGUUCCUUCAACAUUCCCAGCAGCUAUCGAGCCAAGCGCUGCCGCCUGAAGGACCCCAGUCGCGAGGUCAAGGUCGCGCACCAGAGCGUCGACACGGCGGAUCUCAACGUCUCGGAGGAGGAUCUCCCGAAAUGCGACGAGGAGGUGAGCGCCACGCUACUGUGCUGUCUGGAGAAAGAAUUCAAAGGACAUCUCAUCUCCGAGAGCGCCGGUCUGGACGGGCUUUACGUCAACGUGGGGACGCAAACGUACGACUUUGCUUCAGCGCCGUUUCCGGCCCGGGCGUCGCUCGCUGACGUCAUCGUCGGCAAACCGCCGCGUCUGUACCUCGACACGGAAUCCGAGUCGGUCACCAGGCGACACAACAAGAGCAGCUCGGCCUUCAGUCACACGUGCGGCCUCUUCUUCCGCCGCGACGAGUACCCGUCGCACUUCAGGAACGUGCACGCCGACAUCCAGGCCGGCCUCGGAGGCUGGUUCCUGCAACGCUGCCCCCUAGCGUACCUCGGAUGCACUUUCGCCCAGACUCGGUUUCAACCGGGCGGCCAACCGGCUGAGGUCAAAUACCAUCCCGGCGUCGACAAGCUGGUUGUCCGCCCACAUGUCCCGCGGGAGCCGUUCGAGGGGAUCGAAGCGUCUCAUCACCCGGACUAUUUGAGCCAACUGCCGCUGGAGAUCCUCCAGCGAGUCGCCGGAUACUUGGACACGUUCACCUUGUCGCAAUUGUCGCAGGUGUCGCGUCCGAUGAGGGAAGUUUGCGCAACCUUGUUGCAAACCCGAGGGAUGGUCUCCCUCAAGUGGGAGAAGAAGACAUACUCCCACGGGGGGAGCUCCUGGAAGAGCCGAAAGAAAGUUUGGGAGUUUAGCUCGUUGUUUUGCCCAGUGGAGCGAUGGUGCUUCAGCGACUCGCCCUCCAUGGCCGACCACCUACAAAGAUGCUCUUUCUAUGAGAGGGAGCGGCGCACAGAGCCCGUGUCUCUAGGUGGCCUACAGGAGGUCAGCAGAGAGACAAGACAUUAA